GGAGUUCAGUGAACCGAAGCCUCCGCUGACCGGCGGACACAGGAUCUGACAGCCGCCUCCGGGCCCUGGUUCUGGUUCUGGUCGUGACCGUGCUGCAGGGCUUGGUGCGUCGCCCCCCCCCUCCUGGGCGCGUGUGAGGUGCGCGCGCGGGGCUGCCGGAGCAGCAGGUCUGUGGCUGCGGCUUCUCGUGGAUUGUGUCGCUGUGCGCACGCGGGUGGAUGCGGGAUGUUGGACGCUCUGGGACUCGGCUGGACGCGGGAGCGCUGACGCGCACACGCAGAGUGGAUCUUCCGCUGAAGGCUCCUGUCCUCGUCUCCUGCUCUGACCCUGGUCUCUCCAUCUCCCUGUCCUGUCAGGAGGUCUGAGGAGGAGCUCGCUCCGGUUGUGCCGUCAGGAUGCUGCAGGAGCCUGAAGAGGGACCGAGCCCCACCUGAGCCCCCACCCCCCCAUCUCUGGUCCUCAUCCCCACAGCUCCACCCCCCCCAUCAUGAACCUGCUGUGCCGAGGGCGCUUGAAGCUGCUGGCGGCAUCCCUCACGGCCAUCGUCCUGCUCACCUGGCUCUACCUGCUGGCUGGGAACCUGGAGAACGGCCGUUCCCUCCUGUUGGCGCCCUGUCUGGCUGACUCGCAGGCCGCUCAGGUCUUGGAGCGGGCCGUCCUGGAGGCGCGGGUUCGAGAGGUGGAGGAGGAGAACCGUCAGAUCCGACUGCAGCUCAGCCAAUCGCAGGGCACGGCUGCCCAACUGGCAGAAGGGAACUACGGCAACCAGCAGUGGGGCGCGUCUGCAGACACGGUGCCAGAAGAAGGCGACAACACGGCAGAGGAGAAGAACAACCACACAGACUGUCCCCGCCCCCCCACCAUCCAGAAGUGUGAGCUCAUCCAUGUAGCAUGCGUUUGUGCCGGUCACAACGCCAGCAGAGACGUGGUCACGCUGGUCAAGUCGGUCCUCUUUCACAGGAGAAACCCGCUCCACUUCCACUUCAUCACCGACACGGUGGCCAACCGCAUCCUGAGCGCUCUGUUCCGGUCCUGGAUGGUCCCGUCUGUGCAGGUCAGCUUUUAUGAUGCAGAUGAGCUGAAGUCCGAGGUGUCGUGGAUUCCCAACAAGCAUUACUCAGGUAUUUACGGCUUGAUGAAGCUGACGCUGACCAAAGCCCUGCCGCCUGACCUGAACAAGGUCAUUGUCCUGGACACGGACAUCACCUUUGCCACUGACAUCGCUGAGCUCUGGGGCAUCUUCAGGAAGUUCACCGAUAAACAGGUGAUCGGUCUGGUGGAGAACCAGAGUGACUGGUACCUGGGUAACCUGUGGAAGAACCACAAACCUUGGCCCGCACUGGGAAGAGGCUUCAACACAGGCGUCAUUCUUCUGUACUUGGAGCGGCUGCGCCGAAUCAGCUGGGAGCAGAUGUGGCGGCUGACUGCGGAAAGGGAGCUAAUGAGCAUGCUCAGUACAUCACUCGCUGAUCAGGACAUCUUCAACGCUUUCAUAAAGCAGAACCCGGUGCUGGUCCACCAGCUGCCCUGCUUCUGGAACGUCCAACUGUCUGACCACACCCGCUCUGAGCAGUGCUACACCGAGGUGUCCGACCUUAAGGUGAUCCACUGGAACUCCCCGAAGAAGCUGAGAGUGAAGAACAAGCACGUGGAGUUCUUCAGGAACCUCUACCUGACCUUCUUGGAGUACGAUGGAAACCUGCUGCGGCGGGAACUGUUCGGCUGCCCGAGUCAGGCCAGCCCUGAGAGCAUCCAGCUCCAGACGGCUCUGGAGGAGCUGGACGAGGACGACCAGUGCUACGACUUCCGGCGCGAGCGGCUGACCGUCCACAGAGUGCACCUGGAGUUCCUGCAGUACGAGUACACGCCCAUCGAGGAUGAUGUGACGCUGGUGGCCCAGCUCUCCAUGGACAGGCUGCAGAUGCUGGAGGCCAUCUGUAAGCACUGGGAGGGCCCCAUCAGCCUGGCGCUCUACAUGUCUGACGCCGAGGCUCAGCAGUUCCUGCGCUACGCCCAGGCGUCCGAGGUCCUCAAGAACCGCAAGAACGUGGGCUACCACAUCGUCUACAAGGAGGGACAGUUCUACCCCGUCAACCUGCUGAGGAACGUGGCUCUGAAGAACGCCAACACCCCCUACGUGUUCCUGACUGACGUGGACUUCCUGCCCAUGUACGGGCUGUAUGAUUACCUCAGAAGGUCCGUGGUGCAUCUGGACAUGGGGAACUCCAAGAAGGCUCUUGUGGUUCCCGCUUUCGAGACUCUCCGUUACCGCCUGUCCUUUCCCAAAUCCAAAGCCGAGCUGCUCUCCAUGCUGGACAUGGGGACUCUCUACACCUUCAGGUAUCACGUGUGGCCCAAGGGUCACGCUCCAACCAACUACGCCAAAUGGCGAACGGCCACCACCCCCUACCGGGUCGAGUGGGAGCCGGACUUUGAGCCGUACGUGGUGGUGAGGCGAGACUGUCCGGACUAUGACCAGCGCUUCGUGGGCUUCGGCUGGAACAAGGUUUCACACAUCAUUGAGCUGGACGCACAGGAGUACGACCUGAUGGUUCUCCCCAACGCCUUCAUGAUCCACAUGCCCCACGCUCCAAGCUUCGACAUCUCCAAGUUUCGCACCAGCUCCAGCUAUCGCAACUGCCUGAACACCCUGAAGGAUGAGUUCCACCAGGACCUGUCCAGGAAGUACGGCGCGGCAGCUCUCAAGUACCUUACAGCCCAGAGGAACAUCUAGAGCUGGGACCUGCUGAGUCAGCAAGCCGGUCGGCUCCCACGGGCUGAAAAGGGGCCAGGACUGCCGCGCAGCAAGGCGUCACAUGAGGAAUCGGUUAAGCUUUACACUCCUUGGAGCAUAUUUGGGCUUCUGUCCACUGGUUUCCUGUCAACAAGGAGAGGCUGUGUGGACGGUUCCACGCCGGGCCUCCUACGAGCAGGAUUCUACUGAGUCAGGACCAGCUACAAGGCCAGAGAACUUCCAUUUUCCUGCAAUUUGUUCUGACAAUCAGGCCUUUCUGAACCAGCGUGUCUGAGAGGACUCGGUGGGAUGUUUGUCACUUUGGAAAGACUGCAGCCAACAGGGGAAUGAUCUAAGCCUUACCCUGAUAUUCACGGAGAUAUUUAACGGUCUUUGCUCGGCAUAACUCAAACGCAUAACGCAAACCCAACGAUCUGGAACACGUGCAGACGCUAACUUUUACUGCAGCUUUAGCGCAAAUUCUUCUUUCAGUUUUUGGACCUCCUUCAAGGGAAAUCCAUGUUGUCGCGGUGACGCCGCGGGUUUCAGAGACACGCCGUGUUUGUGCGUGUUCAGACGAGAGUGUGUGUGUAUUGUGCAUCUAUGAGUGCAUGUUUUUUUGUUUGUUUACGACCAUGUGUGGGUUUUUUGUGUGUGUGAGUGCAUGUAUCAGGGCUUGUGAGUGUUUGUGUGAGUGCAUACAUGGUUAUUUGUGUGUGUUUGUGUGUUUGGGACAUCUUCUGCUCCUAUAGGUUUGUAUGUGUUUGUACAUCAGGGUGUCUAUGUGUGUUCAGACGAGUGUGUGUAUUGUGUGUCUAUCAGUGCAUGAAUGUUUAUUUGCAACCGUGUGUGGGUUUUUUGUGUCUGAGUGUGUAUAUCAGGCCUUGUGAGUGUGUACGUUUGCAACCUUGUGUGGGUUUUGUUGUGUGUCUGAGAGCGCAUAUUAGGGCUUGUGAAUGUGUGAGUGCAUGUGUGUGUGUGCGUGCCGGUGUUUGAGUUUGUGUGCUUGUGUGUGCAUGAGUCUUGGUGUUUGGUACAUCUUCAGCUCCUGCAGGUUUGUGUGUGUACAUCUCUGUUUGUGUUUUUGUUGUGUACAUCUUCAUCUCCUGUGUGUGUGUGAGUGUGUGUGUUGUCUCAGCUGCUUCAGUCUUGCAUGCUUGAACUGCGUGUUCUUUCCUGACAGGAGUUCCUAUUUUCUGUCCUCCAUCAUCCGUCUGAGUGAAGAGAUGAUUGACAGGGACCAAGUCCUGCAGCACGUGCACAGCAACACGUGACCGUGGUGUGUUUGUGGAGAAGGCAGGAGCUUCUCCUUUGUGUGGAGGGUCUGAACACUGGACUUUGAGUCGUCUACUGAAAACCAUUGACCUGCUGUUAAUGAAGUCCAACUGAAACGAGCAAAGGCGUCCCUCACCUGCUGAACUGUUCUCUGCUUUCACUGGUUUCACCUGGAAGCCUCAGUGAUCAGAACUGAGAGAGGAAGAUCAGGUUUGUUAACAAUCAUGCCACCAGUAAAUGAUUCUUCCAGUUUGUGUAGAGUGGUCGUGUUUGCUCAACUGAGGUCAGUGUAGUCAGAAAUAAACCUGCUGAUUGGAUGUCAGGAAAAGGCAUCACAGCAUAACAACCCAGCCAGCAAGGCCAAGAAGGCCCCGUUUGGUUUAAAAGUGGGCAGACGUGGGGUUGGCUAGCGUAGCGAGCUAACCCACUGAAUCCCCACUUAAGUCAAUGUGGGAAAACACAGGUGGGGCCACCACAGAAACUGCAGACAAGCACACUGGGGGCCACAUUUUCUGCCCAGUUUUAAACUUGCCGGACAAGAACUUCAUUUUUUGUUCAAAUCUGCUGGAUUGAAAUGUUUCAGUAAAUCAAAGAACAUACACACUGGAGCUCCGGCGUUAAAGGGUUAACAUCCACACUACAGAUGACACUUGAGAUAAACACGAGAUGAAACUGAGGUGCAGAUCACAGAGGGAACGGGGUCUGUAUCAGACCCCACAGGAGACUCAGUAAAAGGAAAAUGUUUAUUUUAUUUAAAAAUAUGGCCUGUAGGGGGCAGCAAGCUGUUCAUUUCAGUUGGACGGUUUGUAUUUAUUUUUUGUGUUUGUCCUCGUCGCCACGGAACAGUCAGAAGAUGUGAGUGAUGGAUUUUUCCUGAUGGUUCUGGGGUGUUUUCCCCUGUAAUGAAAGGCCUCGCUGCUGUUCUGACCAAAACUGGUUUCUGUUUGGUGCACACGUGCACAGGAAACCAUCCAGUCCUCUGUGCUGCUUAGAGUUUACACUGGUUUAGUUUUGAAAGUUUUUUUGUUUGUUUGUUUUUCACCUGCAUGUGCAGAAAGCAGAAACCCAGAUUCCCCCAAACGUCAGCGUUGCAUUGGGGCGAUGGCGUCCCACAGAAAGCCCCGCCCCCCAACCAUCCACAGCGCCUCCAUGCCCUGUUGUUGAUUGUGGUAAAUGCUAGUGCCUUUGCUGUUUCAUGAAACUGGAUAUUGAUUGUACGGCUGAGCGGACGGGCCUGGGACAGUCAGGCACUCUAUUUAUUAUUGUCUACUUAAAUCUGUCAUAUUUUUCUAAGUGCUUUAAAUAAACUGGCCUUUUUGUAACUCA